AGCGUAACCCGAUGUGUCCAGAUAGUGUCGGCCAAACUGACAGGUCCUUUAGAUGGCAUCAGUUGGAUAGUUGGAAAACAAUUAAGCAGUCAUUAAUGGAUUUUCUGUGGAAAAUUCAGCCACAGUCUGUAUCCAUUGUUCCUGAAAAAUGAACUUGACCAGCGAUUACGCGCAUCGGCGUAUGGUGAAAUUGCUGACGAUCACGCUGAUAGUCUUAAUGACCGCCUUUGGACUUCUGGCAAAUCGCUAUCGCCCAGGCCGCCGUGAAAGAUUCCGCUUCUCGAAAGCAUAUCUGGCUUACGCCUUGCUUUGGACCAUUUCAUUCAGCUUGGUUUAUGGACGUCAGAUCUACAAGGACUACAGACAGGAUCAAAUUAAUCUGAAGGACGCCAUCACGCUGUACAGUUACAUGAACAUUACGGUGGCUGUUAUAAACUAUGUAACCCAGAUGAUUAUCAGUGACCAUGUGGCCAAGAUGAUGAGCAGAGUGCCUUUUUUCGAUACCCUGAAAUCACUCCGUCUCGACAGCAAGUCACUGUACAAAUCCAUCGCUUUUGCCUUGGUCAAGACACUUAUGUUUCCUUUGACCGUGGAGGUGGCCUUUAUACUGCAGCAGAGGCGACAACAUCCAGAGAUGAGUUUGAUCUGGACCGUGUACAAGCUGUUUCCCUUAAUGAUUUCGAACCUGCUAAAUAACUGCUAUUUUGGAGCAAUGGUUGUGGUGAAGGAAAUGCUCUAUGCCCUCAAUGCUAGGCUGGAAUCACAAUUGCAGGAGGUGAACUUGCUGCAGCAAAAGGAUCAGCUAAAGCUGUACACUAAAUACUACCGAAUGCAACGAUUUUGCUCCAUGGCCGAUGAAUUGGAGAAGCUAGAGCAUCGCUAUAAGUUGAUAUAUGUGCAUUCCGGGAAGUAUCUGACUCCUAUGGCCUUGUCCAUGAUCCUGUCGCUCAUCUGCCACCUCCUCGGGAUCACAGUGGGUUUCUACAGUCUGUACUACGCCAUAGCGGAUACCUUAAUCAUGGGCAAGCCGUACGAUGGCCUGGGAUCGUUAAUCAACUUGGUUUUUCUGCUCAUUUCGCUGGCGGAGAUCACGAUGCUGACGCACUUGUGCAACCACCUGUUGGUGGCCACCCGGAGAUCGGCGGUCAUUCUCCAGGAGAUGAAUCUCCGGCAUGCAGAUUCUCGCUAUCGCAAGGCAGUCCAUGGCUUCACCCUGCUGAUCACUGUGACCAAGUUCCAGAUUAAACCCUUGGGCUUAUACGAGAUGGACAUGCGUCUGAUCAGCAACGUUUUCUCGGCGGUGGCCAGUUUCCUGCUGAUCCUUGUCCAGGCUGAUCUGACGCAGCGUUUUAAGAAGCUCUAACUUAAGGAUGUUACCCACCUGGCUGAACUGCAUCAGAUUCUCGGACUGUGAAAGGAAAAUAUUAAUAAAAAACGCCAUGGGCUCAGUAGUCCUGGAAGGAUAAAAAAUGAAAAUGAAAAAAAUGAAAAAAUGAAAGUGAAGAAACCACCUUUGCUCUGGUACCCACAGUUCAGCUGUUC